AGCCGCGUUGAGCUGAGCGGGGCCGUGGAGUUAAAAAAGCAGUGCAUUUAAAACCGCUCAGGGGGAGACACCGCAUUUACGAGGCUAGUUUUGUUUUUUUUGGCUGCCUCCCUCUCUUUUCUCCCUCCUCCACCUCAUCCUCCUCGCCCUGGGUGACUGUCCGGUCCACAAUGACCCUGUCGAGUGGAAUGCAGCACCGGUUUACCUGAGCAAGUGGACACUUGUUUCCUCUUCAGAAUUAUUCUGCUGUGACUUUUUAAUCUCAUUGAGUUGGGUGGUGUGUCGGACUGCUGCCAUUCAACUUAUGUGUGUACCGCAUAGCCUACUGUAAAAACCUAGGUUAUGUAGGUAGGCAUCUCUCUCGCAUACACCUCCACCCUUGUUUACAUGUUGUAAUUGGAUUGUCCAUCAUUUCCAGAAGCAGCAGCAGCAGCAGCAGCAGCAGCAGCAGUAGCUCGGGGUUUCCUCCUCCUCCCUCCUCCUCCUCCUCCACCACCUCCUCCUCCUAUUCUUGUUCCUCCUUCUCUUGUUCGGAGCUCUUCGCCGGGCGGCCCAGGUUGUUGUGGUUUUAGCAGGAGACGAAGAUGGGACUACCUGCUCUGGAGUUCAGUGACUGUUACCUGGACAGUCCACAGUUCAGGGAGAGACUCAAGUCCCACGAGCUGGAGCUGGACAAGACCAACAAGUUCAUCAAGGAGCUGAUAAAAGACGGCAAGGCGCUCAUCCAGGCUCUGAAAUGUCUCUCAACAGCCAAGAGGAAGUUCGCAGAGUCUCUCAACGAGUUUAAAUUCCAGUGUAUCGGAGACGCCGAGACAGAUGAUGAAAUAUGCAUUGCCAAGUCUCUGCAGGAGUUUGCAGCCGUGCUACAGAACCUGGAGGACGAAAGGACACGCAUGAUUGAGAAUGCCAGUGAUGUGCUGAUUAUGCCACUGGAGCGGUUCAGAAAAGAACAAAUCAGUGCAGCUAAGGAAGCAAGGAAAAAGUAUGACAAAGAGACCGAGAAGUAUUGUGCAGUGCUGGAGAAGCACCUCAGCCUUUCAGCGAGGAAGAAAGAGUCACAUCUCCAUGAGGCCGACAACCAGGUAGACAACGUCCGGCAGCAUUUCUACGAGGUUUCCCUGGAGUAUGUCUUCAAGGUGCAGGAGGUCCAAGAGAGGAAGAUGUUUGACUUUGUGGAGCCGCUGCUGGCCUUCCUCCAAGGCCUGUUCACCUAUUAUCACCACGGCUAUGAGUUGGCAAAGGACUUCAACCACUUCAAGACGGAUCUCACCAUCAGCAUACAAAAUACGAGGAACCGUUUUGAGAGCACACGGUCCGAGGUGGAGAUUCUGAUGAGGAAGAUGAAAGAGAAUCCACACGAACACAAGAGCGUGAGCCAGCACACCAUGGAGGGAUACCUGUUUGUACAGGAGAAGCGCUCAUUUGUAUCAACUUGGGUGAAGUACUACUGCACGUACCACCGUGAGCCCAAGAGGGUCACCAUGGUUCUGUUUGACCCUAAGUCUGGAGGGAAAAUGGGAGAUGAAGAGAGCUUCACCCUGAAGUCGUGCACAAGGAGGAAGACGGACUCGAUAGAGAAGAGGUUUUGUUUUGAUGUGGAGGCUGUCGACAGGUCGGGAGUCAUCACCAUGCAGGCUCUGUCAGAAGAGGACCGCAGGCUGUGGAUGGAGGCCAUGGAUGGGAGAGAACCGGUAUACAAUUUAAACAAAGACAACCAGGCUGAAGGCAUGGCCCAGCUCGAUGUGAUUGGGUUCAACGUCAUGAAAAAAUUCAUCUAUGCGGUGGACACUCGAGGUAUCAAUGAGCAGGGCUUGUACAGAAUCGUUGGCGUCAGCUCCAGAGUGCAAAAACUACUGGGCCUUGCUAUGGAUCCCAAGACAUGUGCAGACGUGGAACUGGAAAACACAGAGUGGGAGAUCAAGACUAUAACGAGUGCUAUAAAGCACUAUCUCAGAGUGCUGCCUGCACCUCUCAUGACGUACCAGUACCAGAGGAGCUUCAUCAAAGCUGCAAAGUUGGACAACCAAGAGGCCAGAGUGACAGAGAUUCACGCUCUGGUGCACCGGCUGCCUGAGAAGAACAGACAGAUGUUGGAGCUUCUGAUGAAACAUCUGUCCAAUGUGGCCAAUCACCACCAGCAGAACCUGAUGACCAUCGCUAACCUUGGUGUAGUCUUCGGGCCAACUCUGCUCCGCCCACAGGAGGAAACAGUCGCCGCCAUCAUGGACAUCAAAUUUCAGAACAUUGUAGUGGAGAUCCUUAUAGAGCACCAUGAGAAGAUAUUUAAGGACGUGCCAAAUUCUGCAAGCGGUCCGACUAAUAUGCAGCUCCACUUGUCAAGGAGGAGAAGUGCAGAGAGCAAACCCCCGUCCUGCAGCGAGAGGCCUCUCACGCUCUUCCACACACCCACACAUUCUCAGAAAGGUGAAAAGAGAAACAGUGUUGCCGGCACCAGCAUCUCUGAGCUGCAGCAGCCCCUUUCCACCUCCACAAACUGUAACAGCAGCAGCAACAGCAGCAACUCGGGCAGCAGCCAAGGUCGGACCCCAAGACACAGCCUGACCAGCAACGACGGAGACACACAGGACACCACACGGCAGAUCCGACCAAGCUCACUGCUAAACCCAAAGAGUCGCGGCAGCAUACCAGCCAGUGCAACGUCUCCGAGCCCCACCUCACCUCGAUCCCCCUCCUGGCCGAUGUUCUCAGCCCCGUCAAGCCCACAGCCGACCUCCUCUGCCUCCAGUGAUUCCUCCCCUGUCAGUAUUGUGGGCAGGAAGGCUCGAGCGCUGUAUGCCUGCAAGGCAGAGCAUGACUCUGAGCUGUCCUUCAUCGCUGGGACCAUCUUUGACAACGUUCAUGCCUCAAGGGAGCCCGGCUGGCUUGAGGGGACUUUGGAUGGCCGAACAGGACUGAUACCAGAAAACUAUGUUGAGUUUUUAUAGUGAAGGGCCAGGAGAAAGACUUUACCUGGAAGACAAUGAACUGGAGUAGACCAAACUGGACUGUUGAAGACUCGAAUUAACUGCACAAGACGGAGCAGACUUUUAUAUAUCUUAGACCAUACUGGACUGGGCCACUGUAGACGGGGACUUGAAGCUGGACCGACAAGAACCUGUUGGAGUAGAUGUGAUACUGGAAAGAAGAGGAGCAAACUUACUACGAACCUGAGGGAGACCCAUGACUUGCACUGGAAAAUAGAGGCGUCCAACUGUGUGUGUGUGUGUGUGUGUGUGUGUGUGUGUGUGUGUGUGUGUGUGUGUGUGUGUGUGUGUGUGUGUGUGGUUUAGAUUUUUCAGCCCUUGCUUUAUCACUUUGAACGGCACUGCUUCAGCGUCUCCUCUUAUAAUCAGACAAAAAAAAAAAAAGAAAGAUCUUCCCCCUGAGAUGUUUGAAAUGAUGAUAGGGAACAAAAUCCGAAGCAAGUGGCAUUCAACUUCGGACUUGUUAGUUCACCUUUUCUACUGGUGCAUGUCUGAAUGAUUGCUGAUCUCAUUGGGAUGGAGCUUUUUAAAGCCAAUGUUUUAAUGAUUGAGUUUCGUUGUACAGCUGUAAAUAUGUUUUUGAGCACUUGGUGUGAUGGUCUGGUAAUUCCCCUGGACAGGACUCAACCUGGCUAAUGUUUCAGAGCUCACAGUUCAUGAGAAGGAGCCUCAGGGCGGAUCAGCACAGAACAGGUUCGCUGGAAGGUCAGCGUUUGGUUUGAAUGCCUCUCGCUAACAGAGCCUUCAGGAAAAAUGUUUUAAGAAAAACGUUUCAAACAGAUGGGCAGUUUACAAAGCGACGUUAAUUUAACAUUUGAUUCCUGCUGUUGACAAUAAGCCCAGCUGUGAGGGCUCACUUUGCCUCUCCACAUGUAUUUAAUUGUUGGGAAUAACUGAGUCCAAUAUUGAGUUUUGUGUCGAGUCAUGUUUGCACUAUUUCAAUUCAUUGUUGCGACUUUAGUUGAGGUGUGUUAAAUGUCUUCAAUUUCAUGAAAUCAUAUUCUAUUUCAUUCCUUUUAGAAAAAACACAUGGGGGUGGCACACAUACACAAGGGCUGCAGGAGUUCAGACUGUAGGGACUGACCAAAUAGGUGCCAGUUUACUUUGAGCAAGGCACCAAAUUACCAACUACUAGAGUGGCCAAUCCCUGUGCAGCCCCUUUACUCUGAUACCGCUCCAUGAAUGCAUGUCUAUAGGUCUUGUUUGUGCUUUGGGCCUUUGUGUGUGUGAAGCAUGUCUCUCAAAACAUUCAAAUGUCUAAUGUCCCUCGGGAUUAAUACAUACAAAAAUCAACAUUCAUGUUUUUAUUCAUAGCCGACAUCUUUAUCUAAUACUUUGAUCCAUUACGUGAAUUCAAUAAAUGACUUCAGUGGAGAUUUUUUUUUUAUCUCUUACCAAAGAAGUAUUGCAUAUUGUACAUCAUGACAUCUCUCAUCACGUCUAAAAUCUUAAGAAAAGAUGAAUUAAACAUUUCCUGAAUCAUUCAGUUAUAGCUGGUCUGCUUUGGGGCUCCGAGCAAUGUCCUCAUUCUGGAUUUUUUUUUUUCCUCGCUCUGUCACGUUUCCUGUGCUUUCCUUAUUGGAGCAAAUAAUGAAAGAACAUUUUAGCAUUUAAAUAGGGAAAAAAUCAAUGGGAGUCAAAAGAAAUGAAAUGUGAAACGAGACUACUUUGUUCAUAUCUGAACUUAUUAUUUAUGACAGUUUCUUAAAAGGUGUAAUCCUGAAAUGUAUUCAAUCUGAGGUGUUUUAAUGACAUUGUAAAUACAAAAAAAAACAGCAUUUGAUAAAGUAUGAUUUUUGAAUUAUGAAAUUUUAUAUUUUGUAUUUUUAGCCUACUAACUUAAUUUCUUGAUUCCAUCUUUGUUGCCCAGAUUUUUGUAUUAUUUACGUCUAUCUAAGCCUUAUUCUUUCAGAUGUUUUGGUGAAUUGACAAGAAAUUGUGCAGAAUUAAAGGAGAUAACAACAUC